GAGAAGGAGGAGGAGGAGGAGGAGGAGGGGGAGGCGGGGGAGAAUGCCCGGAGCCGCCGCCGCUGCCGCCGCCGCCGCCGCGAUGCUCCCGGCUCAGGAGGCCGCCAAGCUGUACCACACCAACUAUGUGCGGAACUCGCGGGCCAUCGGCGUGCUCUGGGCCAUCUUCACCAUCUGCUUUGCCAUCGUCAACGUGGUAUGCUUUAUCCAGCCCUACUGGAUCGGCGACGGCGUGGACACCCCGCAAGCCGGCUAUUUCGGGCUCUUCCACUACUGCAUUGGCAACGGCUUCUCCCGGGAGCUGACCUGCCGGGGCAGCUUCACCGACUUCUCCACGCUGCCCUCUGGAGCCUUCAAAGCCGCCUCCUUCUUCAUCGGCCUCUCCAUGAUGCUCAUCAUCGCCUGUAUCGUUUGCUUCACCCUCUUCUUCUUCUGCAACACGGCCACAGUGUACAAGAUCUGUGCCUGGAUGCAGCUCACCUCCGCUGCCUGCCUUGUGCUCGGCUGUAUGAUCUUCCCUGACGGCUGGGAUUCAGACGAAGUAAAACGGAUGUGUGGAGAAAAGACGGACAAGUACACGCUCGGAGCGUGUUCGGUCCGCUGGGCGUACAUUCUGGCUAUUAUUGGAAUCUUGGAUGCGCUUAUCCUCUCGUUUCUAGCGUUUGUGCUUGGGAACCGACAAGACAGCUUGAUGGCGGAGGAACUGAAGGCAGAAAACAAAGAGGAUGGAAAUGCUUAAGGCAGACUGAGGUAGUGUGAGACCACACCAU